CAUUUCUUUUUUGACUUGCCACCCAAAGAAAAUGAACGAAUCUAUCUGUCAGGUACGGCUGCCUCUCUUGCCCAUUUGUUUCCUUAUGGGUGUUGUGGCAAAGGAAGAGAUUGUCAAGCAGAAUCUAAAAUGUAGGGAUUUGCUGGAUGAAGCAAGAAACUACCACCUUCACCUGAGCAGCAGGGCAGUGCCAGACUUUGAGUACUCCAUUCGCACAACACCAAGGAAGCAGACUGCUGGUGUGCUCUUCUGUGUCGGUGGUAGAGGUGGAUCAGGCGACCCAUUUCGCAGCAUUGAAUGCUACUCUAUCAGUAAGAACAACUGGUUCUUCGGCCCUGAAAUGAACAGCAGGAGAAGGCACGUGGGUGUAAUCUCUGUGGGAGGUAAAGUCUAUGCAGUAGGUGGACAUGAUGGAAAUGAACACUUAGGAAGUAUGGAAGUAUUUGAUCCUCUCACAAACAAGUGGAUGAUGAAGGCAUCAAUGAACACAAAGAGGAGAGGAAUUGCUCUCGCCUCCCUCGGUGGCCCUGUUUAUGCAAUCGGAGGUUUAGAUGACAACACUUGCUUCAGCGAUGUGGAAAGAUACGACAUCGAUUCUGAUCGCUGGAGUGCGGUCGCCCCUAUGAACACUCCCAGGGGAGGAGUCGGCUCCGUAGCCCUUGUGAACCACGUUUACGCUGUGGGUGGCAAUGACGGUGUAGCAUCUCUUUCCAGUGUGGAGAAAUACGAUCCCCAUUUGGAUAAGUGGAUAGAAGUGAAAGAGAUGGGUCAGCGAAGAGCUGGCAAUGGGGUCAGCGAGCUCCAUGGCUGCUUGUAUGUUGUUGGUGGCUUUGAUGACAACUCUCCACUGAGCUCGGUGGAGCGGUUCGACCCACGCAGUAACAAGUGGGAGUACGUAGCAGAGCUUACAACUCCGAGGGGUGGCGUUGGGAUAGCGACACUGAUGGGAAAAAUUUUUGCAGUUGGAGGUCAUAAUGGCAAUGCGUACCUGAAUACUGUGGAAGCAUUUGAUCCCAUAGUGAAUAGGUGGGAACUCGUGGGCUCUGUGUCGCACUGCAGAGCAGGGGCAGGCGUCGCUGUGUGCGCCUGUCUCAGCAGCCAGAUCCGGGACAUGGGCCAAGGAUCCAGCAACGUUGUUGACUGCAUGUGA